UCUCGUGCUUGGAGGAAGAAGGCCCCGAAGUCCUCCCUGCGUCCCAUCUCGUAACUCCUUCCCUCGCCUACCUUCCUCUCUCUCUCUCUCUCUCUAGACUUCUGAUUGAUGGCAGCUGCGCCGCCGACUCUCCGGCUGCGGCCAUCGCUUUUCUCUUUUCGUUUAUCUCCUCCAUAUGUUUGCCCCCCCUUGAUUCCGCCCCCUCCUUCGUCUCAACUUGUAAGAGCCCAAACUUUUGCUCUCGUGCCUCUCCGUAGUUGCCGUAUAACACUAAAUCAAUUCUUCUCCGACCCGCCCCACCGACGAUCGCCGCUCUCCGCCUCCUCGUCCGACACCGUACAUCCCGUCGACAAGGGAUCCAAAUUUCAUGAAUGGGACUCCAUUAGCGCCAAGUUUGCCGGAGCUGCCAACGUCCCGUUCCUCCUCCUUCAGCUCCCCCAGAUCGUCCUCAACGCCCGCAACCUACUUUCCGGCAACAAUGCGGCCCUCUUCGCCGUUCCUUGGCUGGGGAUGCUUACGGGAUUGCUGGGGAACCUGUCACUGCUGUCCUACUUUGCGAAGAAGAAGGAGACUGAAGCCGUCGUCGUCCAGACUUUGGGGGUCGUUUCGACCUACGCGGUGAUAGCACAGCUAGCCAUGGCUGAAGCUAUGCCGCUGCCCCAGUUUCUGGCGACUUCAAUUGUCGUGGCUUCAGGGCUGAUUUUGAACUGUUUGAAUUACUUUGGCUGGCUUCACGAGGCAAUCUGGAGCCCAUGGGAGGAUUUCAUUACCAUUGGUGGCCUCGCUGUUCUCCCUCAGGUCAUGUGGUCAACGUUUGUCCCGUUGGUUCCUAACAGCAUCUUGCCUGGGGCAGUCUCCUUCACUCUGGCUACUGCGAUUGUCGCCAUGGCACGAAGUGGCAAGCUUUCUGAGAAAGGGACAAAAUUUGUAAGUUCAAUGUCUGGAUGGACUGCCACCCUGCUUUUUAUGUGGAUGCCCAUCGCACAAAUGUGGACAAAUUAUCUCAAUCCUGAUAACAUCAGAGGGUUAUCGGCUUUCACAAUGUUGCUUGCAAUGAUGGGAAAUGGUCUGAUGAUUCCACGUGCUUUAUUCAUUCGUGAUUUUAUGUGGUUUACUGGCUCAGCUUGGGCAUCCUUUCUUCAGGGCUGGGGAAAUCUAUUCUGCAUGUAUUGUUUCAAUACGAUCAGCAGGGAGUUUUUCUUUGGGACAACUAUUGGAUUGCUUCUUUGGAUAGGCAUGGUCCUCUGGAGAGAUGCUGUAGCCUAUGGAUACAGUUCACCUCUAAAAUCCAUAAAGGAGCUAAUUUUUGCACACUGAUGUUGUCAUGGUGGUAGCAAGUUAUGUUGUUACUAUGUGGUUAUUUGUAAUCACCGUUUUCACCAUGGAUAAACUUAAUGCUGUUUUGGCCGCUUCAAAACGAUAGGCAGAACAUUCUAUAAGAUUAUGAGUUACAUAUUGUUAUCAAUAUACAGCUGCAUUUGGCAAAUAUUGUCUAAUCUAUUAUGGUUCAACCAAUGAUUUUA